GCAGGAGACCCUGGCUUCCCAGGGGGCCCGGCUGGGGCAGACGCUGGGGGCCUGGGGGGGCGCUGGCUUGGGCCCCGCCUGGGGCAGGAUGGUGAAUCUGGAGCCCAUGCACCCAGAUAUCAAGAUGAGCGGGGAUGUAGCAGAUUCCACGGACACGCGUGGUACCCUCAGCCAAGUGGAGCCAGGAAAUGAUCGGAAUGGCCUAGAUUUCAACAGACAGAUAAAAACAGAGGACCUCAGUGACUCCCUGCAGCAGACCCUGCCCCAUCGGCCAUGCCACCUGAGCCAAGGACCUGCCGUGAUGCCCGGAAACCAGAUGUCUGGGGACAUGGCUUCUCUCCAUCCACUCCAGCAGCUUGUGCUGGUCCCUGGUCACUUGCAGUCAGUGUCCCAGUUCCUGCUUUCUCAGACCCAGCCCGGGCAGCAAGGUCUACAGCCGAAUCUCCUCCCCUUUCCACAGCAACAAAGCAGCCUCCUCCUCCCACAGACGGGGCCUAGCCUGGCAUCCCAGGCAGUUGGGCGCUCUGGGCUGCCAGGAUCCUCUUUAGAACCCCACCUAGAAGCAUCACAGCAUCUCCCAGCACCCAAACAUCUACCUAGUUCUGCAGGGGCUGAUGAGCCCAGCGACCUGGAGGAGCUGGAGAAGUUUGCCAAGACCUUCAAGCAGCGACGCAUCAAGCUGGGCUUCACACAGGGAGAUGUAGGCUUGGCGAUGGGGAAGCUGUAUGGCAAUGACUUCAGCCAGACCACCAUCUCACGGUUCGAGGCUCUCAACCUGAGCUUUAAGAACAUGUGCAAGCUCAAACCCCUGCUGGAAAAGUGGCUGAACGAUGCAGAGUCGUCUCCAUCGGACCCCUCAGUGAGCACACCCAGCUCUUACCCCACCCUCAGCGAAGUGUUUGGCAGGAAGAGGAAGAAACGGACCAGUAUUGAGACCAACAUCCGCCUGACUCUGGAGAAGAGAUUUCAGGAUAACCCUAAACCCAGCUCCGAGGAGAUCUCCAUGAUUGCAGAGCAGCUGUCCAUGGAGAAGGAGGUAGUGAGGGUCUGGUUCUGCAACCGACGCCAAAAGGAGAAACGAAUCAACUGUCCUGUGCCCGCACCUGUCAAGUCACCCAUCUACAACUCCAGAAUGGUCUCUCCCCCAGGAUCUCUGGGCCCCCUCUCCAUCCCUCCCAUCCAUAGCACCAUGCCCGGAACAGUAACGUCAUCCUGUUCCCCUGGGAACAACAGCAGGCCUUCGUCUCCUGGCUCAGGACUCCACACCAGCAGCCCCACUGCAUCUCAAAAUAACUCCAAAGCAGCAAUGAACUCCUCCUCCAGUUUUAACUCCUCAGGAUCUUGGUACCGAUGGAAUCAUCCCACCUACCUCCACUGAGACCAAAAUGUUCCUCCCACUCCACCUGGCUGUGUAUCUCGCACCAAAAGGAAGUAAAAAGGGACUUGUGCCUUCCAUAUACAGACAUUACUUUCAGAAGAGUGGAAGAAAAGCCCCACUAUGAGUGAACCCACAAUCUUGCCUUCUUCAGGAACAAGGGCCUCUGCAGAGCCAAGCUGUGACUGAACCAUGUGCUGACUCCAUAAGCUCUUGAAAUCUACAAUACACCCUCCUGGGAGCUCACAGUCUCCAUACUGUUGCCAUCUAGCUCUAAAUAUUCUAAACGGCUUUACUCCGCUAAUUUUUCCUUCAGAGAAAGGACUUUUUUCCCAUUAUUUCAUAACUCAUCUAUGGGAUUUUUGGGAUGCCGUUUCCCUGGUGUGCCAAACCACUACAAUGGGAAAUAAUGGCUUUGACUUUGAACUUAGCUACAGUCUAAACUGAUCCCAAAAUCUAUGGAAAGAUUUGAAUCAGAUGUCUCCUCCAACUCCAUGAUGAUUUUUCCAUUGAGCAAAAUUUUCCCAUUGAAUCUCUUCUUGCUCCCAUCUUUUUUUAAAAAUCUUCACUCUUUUGUAAAACCAAAUCCACCCAUUCUUACCCCCUGCAAGGUUCUCAUCUUUACAGGUGGCCGAGUCAGCUCUGUACUCGGGGCACUUUGGUCGGCCCUUUUCCGUGCUUUUCUGUUAGCUCAUGUCCAUUCCAGAGUUGAAGAGCACUUGUCCUUUCUGUCUCUCCCUCUGUUUUUCCUUCUUCCAUCCUCUGUUUCUCCUGGCUGCAGAAAAGGAAGAACUCAUGAGCAAAUAUACAGCAGUGAUGCUGGUGACAUACUUGUACAUAGCCCUUUCCUUAUUUUACAUUAUGUACUUUUCUCCUUCAUGUGGAAUUUUCCAGAAAAAUGUUUAACUCAGGUGUGAAUUUCAAAGACAUCUUUGCAAUAUUUUAUCUUCUCUAAAAAAAAAAAAAAGAAAGGGAAAAAUAUACCAAAGUAUAAAAUAUUUACAGAGUUUCCCAUGUGGGCUGGGACUCUGCUGACCUUUUUGGGAACAGUAUCUCUAGUCUCUUUCUUUGUGGGCCAGUGUAAAGAGCUAUAACAUGAAGCCAUCCCAGAAAUGGUAAAGUUUUUUUUAAGAUUUCAUAUACUCGAACCAUUGAGACUCAAAGAAAUCUGUUUCUCAAUAAAUUUGUAUAGUGAUAUACAAACUAUUCCAUUGUUGAUAAGAA